AUGGCCCUCCGCAUACCCAAAGGCACUCUUCCUCAACUCUUCAAGGAGGGAUACAAGUUUCAACAAGGCGUCGAUGAAGCCGUGUUGCGCAACAUUGAAGCAACCGCUGAACUCGCCGAAGUCGUUCGCACCUCGAUGGGUCCCAAUGGUCGCAACAAGAUGAUUGUCAACCAUCUCGAGAAGCUCUUUGUCACCAACGAUGCUGCUACCAUCAUCCGUGAAAUCGACGUGGUACAUCCUGCUGCCAAGUUGCUCGUUAUGGCUUCUCAACAACAAGAGUCAGAAUUGGGUGAUAACACCAACCUUGUUAUCGUGUUGGCUGGUGAAUUGCUCAAGAAGGCUGAACACCUCUUGCGUCUCGGUUUGCAUCCUUCUGAAGUGAUCCAGGGCUAUGAAUUGGCACGCGAACGUGCUCUUGAAAUCCUUGCUGAAUUGGAGGCUGGCAAGGUUGAAGAUAUGGCUUCUAGCGAUCAAUUGAAAAAGACCGUCAAGGCUUCCAUUGGCUCUAAGCAAUUUGGCAACGAAGAUUUGCUCACCGAUUUGGUGGUUGAAGCUGCAUUGAAUGUGAUGCCCAAGGAACCUCGCAACUUCAACGUCGACAGCAUUCGUGUUGUCAAGGUGAUGGGUUCCAGCAUCUAUGAUUCCAAGGUGGUGCGUGGUAUGGUCUUUGGUCGUGAACCUGAAGGUACCAUCCAAGGUGCCCAAAAGGCCAAGGUUGCCGUCUUCACAUGUCCUUUGGAUGUCGCACAGACCGAGACCAAGGGUACCGUGUUGAUCCACAAUGCUCAAGAAAUGCUCAACUUUAGCAAGGAUGAGGAGCGACAUAUGGAAAAGAUCUUCCAAGAACUCGCCGAUGCUGGUGUCAAGGUGGUUGUUACAGGUGCUGGUAUUGGUGAAUUGGCUCUUCACUACUUGAACCGCUUUGGUAUCAUGGCUGUCAAGGUCUUGUCCAAGUUUGAUAUUCGUCGUUUGUGCCGUGUGGUGGGUGCUACUGCUCUUGCUCGUCUUGGUGCUCCCAUGGCCGAAGAAAUGGGUUACUGUGAUGUUGUGGAAACUGUGGAAAUUGGCAGUGAUCGUGUUACUGUAUUCCGUCAAGAGGAAAAGGACAAAUCCCGUACCACCACCGUUGUCAUUCGUGGUGCCACACAAAACCAUAUGGAUGAUAUAGAACGUGCCAUUGAUGAUGGUGUCAACGUGAUCAAGGCUGCUACCAAGGACAACCGAUUGCUUGCUGGUGCUGGUGCUGUUGAAAUGCAACUCAACAAGCGUUUGCAGGCUGUUGCUAGCAAGACUCCUGGUUUGAACCAACACGCUAUCAAAAAGUUCGCCGAAGCCCUUGAAGUUGUUCCCCGUACCUUGUGUGAAAAUGCAGGCAUGGAUGCCACGGCCGUCCUUUCUCGUUUAUACGCUGCUCACUAUCAAGAAGGCGAUGUUGGACAUACUGGUGUUGACGUUGAAGAGAACAGUGAUGGUACUGCUGAUGCUGUCAAGGCCGGCAUUUAUGACUCGUUCCCUGCAAAGUACAAUGCGCUUAAGCUCGCUGCUGAUACCGCUAUUACUGUGCUGCGAGUAGAUCAGAUUAUCAUGUCUAAACCUGCAGGUGGACCUAAACCCCCAAAGCAACAGGGCCAUUGGGAUGAUGAUUAG